AUGAAAGAUGAGGAUGCAGCACUUGGACCCAAGCCGAAGCCACCAGACUCUCCUGAGAACAUCCGAGCGGCUCCGAAGAGCAAAGCAGGGAGCACAGCACACUCUGCAGGCAAGAGGCACAGGAAGAAGCCAGCAUCCUCAAAGAGCUCGAAACUCGUCCGGCUCAAACCAGACUCUGGUCCAGUGGCUCCUAUUGAAACAUACAAAGACUGCGAGUGCUACGGCCACUCCAACCGCUGCAGCUACAUCGACUUCCUGAACGUGGUGACCUGCGUGAGCUGCAAGCAUAACACGAGGGGCCAGCACUGCCAGCACUGCCGCCUGGGCUUCUACCGCAACAGCUCGGCGGAGCUGGAUGACGAGAAUGUAUGCAUAGAAUGUAACUGCAACCAGAUCGGCUCCAUGCAUGACCGCUGCAAUGAGACCGGCUACUGUGAAUGCAAAGAAGGCGCCACGGGGCCCAAGUGCGACGACUGCCUGCCCAACUACUACUGGAGACAGGGCUGCUUCCCCAACGUCUGCGACGACGAGCUCCUGCUCUGCCAGAACGGCGGCACCUGCUACCAGAACCAGCGCUGCGUCUGCCCCGUGGGCUUCAAGGGGGUCCUGUGCCAGCAAUCCAGGUGCGAAGCUGACAAAAAGGACUGCGACGGUGCCCCCGGCACGCGCGGCAGCCUCGGCACCAUCCUCCUCGGGGUGCUCGCCCUCCAGCUGCGCGGCUGGGUGGACCUCUGAAGCCGCAGAGGAGGGAGCCCAGCCCAGGCACGUCACCCGAGGGACCUGGGGAGACUAAGGUAACGGGUGGCUCUCCGCACCGUCUCCUCCGCCUUCCUUCACGCUAGGACUUGCACAACGUCUUCUGGUCCACUUUCCAAGCAGAGAGGUAUGCAGAAAAUCAGGGGCUGACUCCCGCCCACGAAACCA